AUCCAAACCAGGCAUUACGUGCAUGCAAAGUAUACUCAAGUUUUCUUGCGGCUUGGCCCUAACAACAGCCUAUUAACUAGCUCUCCUUCCCUCUAAGCUUAGCCUUCAAAUAAACACCAACUUCUUAUGGGUGCCAAAUCAUUACUUGGAAGAAGAAAUUGGGGGGCCAGUUUCAUCUGAAAGAUGGAGUCUUUGCUUAAGCAAAUAAGGGUGAGAUUUUCUGGUGUAAGACAAGAGAAGACUGAACAUGAUCGUAGAAUAUCGCCACAGAAAGCUCAAUCUUUCAAAGAUAAAAGGAAACCCCAGAAUUGGUUCCAGAGACAGCUGUCGGGGAAAAUGAGUCAAGACUAUGAUUCUAACAAGGCAAUAGAGCAUGCAACCGCAGUGGCAGCAGCUGCAUAUGCCAUUAAGUCAAUUGAAGACUCAGCCAUCUCUGAUCAGAAAAAGACCGGCAAUGAGCCGAAAACCUCUUUGGUGAGGAUCAAGAGCAAAAAGGAAGAAACAGCAAUUUCGAAGCCGGAACCUGGAAGAGUUUCCAAACUAUUCCCAGGUUCAACUAAAAGUACUCCAGAACGAGAACAUCCAGAUGGUGCUGCCACAACUGGGAAGGUCCCCGGAAAGGCUCCGUCAAUAAAAAAAACUCCAACUUUUGCUGAUAAGCAGAUGAACAGCACUGACAGUAUAAAACCCGAAACUGCAGCACCACAACCCCUUCGUUCCCCGUCAAUUAAAAACACUCCAACUGUUGCUGAUAAACAGUUGAACAAAGCUGACAAUAUAAAACCUGAGACUGCAGGCCCUUCAAAUGAAACCAUGAGGCAGAGUGCAACAGAACCUGGAACAAGAAAAACACAAGCAGAUAUUUGGGAGGAGAAUAAGCUUACUAUGCUUAAAGAAAGGUAUGAGAAACAAAACGCCACAAUACUUUCCUGGGAGAGCAAGAAGAAGAAGAAAACCAGACACCGACUCAGUACAAAAGAGAGUGAAAUAGAGAAAAAAAGAGUAAAAGCUCAACGAAAGUUCAACAGAGAUAUGGAACAUAUUAAACAGAUUGCAGAGGGAGCAAGGGCACAGGCAGAGGAGCGGUACAGAAAUGAAGUCUUGAAGGUAAAAGAAAAGGCAAAUGCAAUCAGAAAAACAGGGAAAGCUCCUACAUCAUGUUUCUGCUUCUAAGUCGACCAAUUAUAGAUACUCCGCUACUUUCAAGAUUGUAAAUAUUUCUUUCAGAUCCUGUAUGAAACUCAGAGUGCAAUCACAAUAAGAUGGCAGUUCCACCA